AAAAAAGUCGUAGAAUCAAUUAAAAGUUUGUGGAAUAUUACAACUAAAAGAAAGCUUCUAAUCGAAGAUCUUGGAAAAUCUGGUUUCAAACUAAUCAAAAAAGCAAAAAGGAAUAAAAAAAUUAUUGAUGGUAAUAUGUGGAAAGAAGGGUUAAAAAAACAAGAUCUAAAUGCCUGCGACUCGAUUUGCGACUCGAUUAAAACCAAAAACUAUAAAGUCGUCCAAGUUGAAUGGAAUGAUCUAAAAAAUGAUUAUUUAGCUGCGCAGGAUAAACAACAAUUCAUCGAAGAUUUUCAAGGAACUUGGUUUAAACAAAGAGAUUCUACGGUUGCAAAAAAACAAAAAUGUUCUGUUGAUGAAGUAAUUCAUAAAAGAACUAAGUUUUUGCUCUUAGGAUACUACCUUAUUUCAACCGAUGACAAAAAUAGUUUGCGCCUUAAAUAUUAUCAUGUUUGUUAUAAACGAUUCAAUGAACUUCAUGAAACCAUUGGAGAUAAAAUUUUAUUACUUCCUAUGCCAACAGCUUUUUUCACCGCUCAUC